AUGUAUAAUGACAAAGAAAGUUUCAUCACAUUCACUGAAAGAGAUGGAUUUGAUAAAAAUCAAAAACUUAAAUGCAAAUUAUAUCCAUAUUCUGAAGAAGGAUAUUCAUUACUUGAAUUAUGCUGUUACUAUGGAGCUAUUGAUUGUUUCAAGUUCUUAAUAACGAAAUUUGACUCAGAAAUAACCGAAAAAUGUCUAGAAUUAUCAUUUUUAGGCAGAAAUCAAGAGAUCAUGAGUGAAUGUUUGAAACAUCAAGAACCAGAUGAAGAAUGCAUGAAAUAUGCAAUUAUUUCACACAACAUUGAUUUUGUUACAUUCUUGAUGAAUGAGUACAAUAUAGAUAUCGAUUUAUAUUGGUGUGGACUUUACAAUAAUCUUGAAUCCUUUUUAGUUUGUUUGAAUCAAACUGAUGAUAUAACCAAAUGCUUUGUUUAUUCACCUAUUUUUAAUAUUCCAUCCUUUUUGGAAUACUUCCUUUCACAUGGUGAGAAUGUCAAGCAACAAGAUGAAUAUGGAAAAACAGCUCUUCAUAUUGCAGCAAUGAAAAAUAGUAAAGAAAAUGCUGAAAUUCUUAUUUCGCAUGGUGCAAAUAUCAAUGAAAAAGAUAAAUAUGAAAAAACCGCACUUCAUAUUGCAACAUAUAAUAAUAGUAAAGAAACUGCAGAAGUUCUUAUUUUACAUGGUGCAAAUAUCAAUGAAAAUAAUAAAAAUGGAGAAAUCGCACUUCAUAUUGCAGCAAUGAAUAAUAGUAAAGAAACCGCUGAACUUCUUAUAUCACAUGGUGCAAAUAUCAAUGAAAAAGAUGAAUAUGGUGAAACUGUACUUCAUAAUGCAGUACAUUAUAAUAGUAAAGAAACCGCUGAACUUCUUAUUUUACAUGGUGCAAAUAUCAAUGAAAAUAAUAAAAAUGGAGAAAUCGCACUUCAUAUUGCAGCAAUGAAUAAUAGUAAAGAAACCGCUGAACUUCUUAUUUUACAUGGUGCAAAUAUCAAUGAAAAAGAUGAAUAUGGUGAAACUGUACUUCAUAAUGCAGUACAUUAUAAUAGUAAAGAAACUGCUGAAGUUCUUAUUUUACAUGGUGCAAAUAUCAAUGAAAAAUAUCAAGAUGGAAAAACCGCACUUCGCAUUGCAGCAAAGAAAAAUAGUAAAGAAAUCGUUGAAUUUCUUAUUUCACAUGGUGCAAAUAUCAAUGAAAAAUAUCAAGAUGGGAAUACCGCACUUCACAUUGCAGCAAUGAAAAAUAGUAAAGAAAUCGUUGAACUUCUUAUUUCACAUGGUGCAAAUAUCAAUGAACAAGAUCAAUAUGGAAAAACCGCACUUCAUAUUGCAGCAAUGAAAAAUAGUAAAGAAAUUGCUGAACUUCUUAUUUCACAUGGUGCAAAUAUCAAUGAACAAGAUCAAUAUGGAGAAACCGCACUUCAUAUUGCAACAUAUUAUAAUAGUAAAGAAACUGCAGAACUUCUUAUUUCACAUAGUACGAAAAAAUAA